GACGGGAUGUCGUCACGUAGACGUCACACACACGUAAUAAAGUCACUUUUCAUACAGCACGCGAAAGCAAAGACGCCCGCUCUCGAUUUUAACCCGAAAAGUAGCGGUUGUGACGCAAUUCUUUUUUGCUUUGAAAGGCAGUCUCGGAAGUCGCCCGUUUCGACACUGGGGUGGGUGGGUGUUAGGACAAGAGUGAAGAGCUGGAUAACGGGGGAAAAAACGGCCCUGUUUGGGAAGCACAUCAGAUGUGGCCGAGCCUCUCGCCUCCAAACUUCCGAGUGAGAUGGCGAACAUGUGCCCGUAUGGCCAGUUCACCCACGCGGUGGUGCGUGGCAUUCCAGAGACCUUCGGGAAGGUAAUGGGAGAAAACGGCGAGAACAAGGAGGUCUCGGUGGACCUGGCCAAAGCCCAGCGUCAGUUCGGCUGUCUGACGGGAGCGCUGAGGCAGAAAGUGGGCCUUCAGUUGAUGGAGAUCCCUCCCGACCCAGAGCUGCCGAUGAGCUGGAGGCUCGAGGACGUGGCGGUGAUCCAAGGUGACACGGCACUCAUCACCAGACCCUUCAGACAGCAGAGACGCAGCGAGGUGGUGGCCGUGCGCAGGGUGAUGUCCGAGCUCAACUUGACCGUGGUGGAGAUGGAGGGGGCCCCGGGGGACUCCGGAGGGGCCACGCUUGAGGGCAGCGACGUCCUCUUCACAGGGAGGGAGUUCUUCGUCGGCAUCUCCUCACACACCAAUCACAAAGGAGCCGAGGUGCUGGCCGACACCUUUCGGGACUUUUCCGUAUCAACCGUGCCAGUCUGCGGUGGGAUUCGACUGAAAAACAUCUGCUCAAUGGGAGGUGCCAACACCAUCAUCAUCAGCAACACUGAAGGGGCCAAGAAGACACUGCGGAUGAUGGAACAGUUGACCGAUCACCACUACGAGGUUCUGACUGUGCCGGAGGAAUCUGCAGCUAACUGCAUCUACAUAAAGGGUCCGUCCAAAAAGGACUUCCUGCUCCACAGGCCAGUGGAAGAAUGUCCUUACAGUGUGUCUGCCUUCCAGAAGCUGCAGGACUACACCUUCUUGCCUACAGCCUGCAGUGAGGCCUCCAAGCUCGGAGCGUCUCUGUCCUCACUUUGUCUGCUUGUCAAUAAGAAGCACACAUAUUUCUGAUGUCUUUUUUUUUUUUCUUCAAUCUGUAAAACCUGUGAGGGUUUGACACCUCAGGACUACCGCCUUUGGGUAGGUUGGGCCUCUUCAUGAAACAUGACCCAAAUCCUUACUCUUGGAGGAAAUGUUAAAUUUAGUAGUGCUACUAGCAUGAUUCAAACCUGUAAGUCAACUAGCAUCUCUCCACAUAGAAAUGUAUAGCUUUGAAUCUCAUUUCUAGUUUCUGCUAAAUCUACUUAGGAACUAACUGUUGGCCAUCUAACACUUCUCUGGUACCCAGAUAUUUUUAUUAAACUGCUUUGCAAUGGUCUACUGCAUCAUA